AUGCAACCACCUCCACAAAAAUCCAACUUUGAGUUAAUGCUUGAGAACUUCGUUACCACAACGAACAACAACAUCCAACAACUACAAGCUAGGAAUAAGCUCAUGGAAAAUCAAAUAAGUCAACUUGCUCAUCAAGUUGGCCAAUCUGUGAAGACUCCGGGCGCUUUUCUAGGUCAAACUGAGAAACCACCGAAGGGGCAUAUGAAUGCUGUGACUUUGAGGAGUGGAAAGCAGUUGGAAUAUCCUCCCACGAGGGAGCCAUCCAAGGAGGUUAUGGAUGAGGUAGUCCCAAAAGAUAAGGUGGUCGAUGGUACUACGAUUGAGGAAGAGCCAAAGGAAUCAACUCCACCACCACUUAUUCCAUGCAAUAUCCGAGAUGCCAUAUCAUCUUAUGCAAAAUUUUUGAAGGAUAUGCUCUCUAACAAGAAGAAGCUAGAGGAUAAUGCUAUUGUUGUGUUGAAUGCAGAGUUGAAGCUUGGGGAUAUAGAUAUCAACAAGGCAUUAUGUGAUCUUGGUGCAAGUGUGAGUCUCAUGCCGCUCUCUAUUUGCAAGAAACUUCAAAUGGGUGAAUUAAAGCCUACGCGCAUGUCUCUACUACUUCCGGAUAGGUCGGUGAAGUUUCCCUUGGGUAUACUUGAAGAUUUUCCUCUUCGUGUGGGAAAAUUCUUUAUCCCAUGUGAUUUUGUUGUGAUAGAAAUGGAGGAGGAUGCACAUGUCCCUAUUAUACUUGGUAGACCAUUCUUAGCCACUGCAGGUGCAAUCAUUGAUAUGAUGAAUGGAAGAAUCACUUUUGAGGUGGGAGACUAG